CUUGGUUGGCCUAAACUUCAUCUUUCUUGCUUUUUGAACUUCAUCUAACUUGUCUUUGGUCCUCCUCGUCAGCACUGGAACACUUUAAACUUUGUGUGGGAAACAUCCUUUUAUUUUGGAGCGAAAGAAAGAAGAAAAGGACGACAAAGUGAACGUUGAAGCUACACUUUGACUUUUGGACACAUUUUAGAGUUGAAUGUGGACUUUUCCAUCCCAUGCUGCCUUUAAACGUCGAUCUUGUUGAUCCUGCUUGAAACAUGUUCAAUGGGAAUCAUCGCAGCAGUCCAGCACAGUCCCUCCAAGACCUUGGCGAGCGAGCCGAGUCGGACCACAGCGCCAUCGUCAGCUCUAUUGAGAAGGACCUCCAGGACAUCAUGGACUCCUUAGCUAUGGACGAGCCUCAGUCUUGCUCCUCGGAGGACAAAAGGCCCCCUGGGGGACCCAUGGUCAAUGGGGGGGGCAGGUAUUUGCUGUCCCCCCUCACCAGUCCAGGGGCCAUGUCCUUGGGGUCCAGCUACGAAAAUACAUCGCCAGCCUUUUCUCCGCUGUCCUCCCCUUCAGCUGCCAGCAGCCCGUCUCCUGGUGCAGCCCCCCAGGACCAGGUGUCCUCUCUGCCUCCCCAGGACCAGGUGUCCUCUCUGCCUCCCCAGGACCAGGUGUCCUCUCUGCCUCCGGUGCCUGCACGUUCCUCCAGCUAUCAUUUCACCAGCCAGCCACCUGCGGUAGCGCAGCCACGGGCCACCAACUGGGACGGUGUUGAAGGGAGCCCCGGGCUGCAGAGGAGGGUUUUAGGAGACGGUCUAAGCCCUAAGCCUAGUCGCAGAGGAUUAGGCCAAGACCCGUUUUCACAAGAAUGUCUCAGUAGCAGAACUCUAGUGCCAAGCGGCCUCACUUCCAAGCUGCAAACCUCUCCUUUUCCUGUGCCAUCUAGUUCUAGGACCAAGAUCACCACAGUGCUUCAGGAAAGGCCUGCUAGUCCUUUGAGAGGGCAGACUCUCUCAACUGAUGGCUCCAGCCCAUCCAGGCAACUUUUCCAUCCUAAUCUGGCCUUUCAGCCUCCUCUGGAUCCUGUUGUCCAUGUUAUCCAAGGAUCUCCUGCCAGCCCCCGCAUGGCCAGGAGGAACCUAGAACCGAACAUGAGAGAACUUCCACCUCUAAGUCCCUCCAUCGCUCGAAGAGGCGGCCAAGCGGCCACCGUGAAGGCCCCGGACAGCCCCUCAAGUCUGCGCAGGCCAACCCCAGAGAGUCUCUGGCUUCAUCGCAAGUUUGGAACCUUGCCUGAGGAUCUGACUGGCAGUAAAGGGAUGCGAGCUCGUAGUCCCUCCCCCACCUUUCCCAUGAAGGAAGGUGGCUCACCAAAGGCCACCUCUGGACACGCCUUGUCACCUGCCUACAGUCUGGGUUCUCUUCCUGGCUCCUCCCCCAUGGCCAGUCCCAGGUGCACCAGGAAGAUCUCAGCGGUGAGGGAGAGGAAGAACAGCAUCACGGAGAUCAGUGACAACCAGGACCAGCUGCUGGACUAUCACCGCCAUCAGAGGGAUGAACGACUCCGAGAGCAGGAGAUGGAGAGACUGGAGAGACAACGGCUGGAGAGCAUCCUCAAUAUGUGUGCCCAAUACAACCAAGGAGAGGAUCCACUGGAUCCCACAAGGGCAGCUUUUCCUGGUGGCUUCUUAGAAGGAUCACUGCACACCACCUCCACUGAUGGUGUGCUGGGCGGAACAUCUUCUCAGCAUCUGGCACACACCACCUCCACUGAUGGUGUCCUGGGAGGAACAUCUUCUCAGCGUCUGGCACACAGACAGAGUGAGGAAGACAACCUGAAGGAGGAGUGGAGCAGUACAGAGAGCACUCAUCAGGAGGAUGAAGAUGGACUCCUUCACCUGGAGGAGGAGCGAGUCCGAGUCUUGUCCCGGAUCGAUGAAGUCCAAAGCCAGCUGAUGGAACUGGAUCAACAACUUCAGGAGUCCAAGCAGGAGGCUGAGAUGGAGCGUGCUUUGCUGCAGGGAGAGAGGCGGGCAGAGGUGGAGCAAAUAGAGGCGGAGUCAGACAUCAUCAAUCAACUUCAGCACAAACUAGUGCAGCUGGAGACUGCCAUCCAGCACGAGAGAGACAAGGAGAGGUGUAAAGUGGAGGAGGAGCGUGGUUCCCUACAAAGACUACAAGAGAGUGUGAGUGAGCUGAAGAAGAAGCUGCAUGAUUGUCCUCAGUCUCUGUGCCAACACUUGCACGAAGACUUGCAGAGGGGAGAGGCGGUGGAAGCAGGAAGUAAGAAGUUUGAGGAUUUGGAGUUCCAGCAGCUGGAAAGAGAAAGUGGCCUGGAGGAGGAGAGAGAAAGUAUCAGCAAGCAGCUGCUGGACUUCCACUGCAGUGUGAGCACCAGGAAGGACAAAGUGCUGGUCCUGGAGAAGCAGGCUGAAGAAGUGAGGCUGCAGGCCAGUGAGGAGCAUCACAGUGUGGCCAAGCAGAGACGUGUGAAGCUGCAGGUGCUGCACAAGGAGAAGGAGAAGGUUGCUGCUCUGGAGAAGAAAUAUUGCAUCAUGUCUGGAGGGAAGAAGCUUUCUUCUGCCAUCAGAGAAAGCCCCCUGGUGGCGUGUGACAGCAAGGUCAGCGUGUCCAGUAAGUUAGUGUCGACUCUGCAGAACAUCAACAACAACAGACAGCUGACCAUGCAGCAGACAGGUCAUCAGGUGAUUGAAGAUCAGCGACGUCGUCUGGCUGACUUGAAGCAGAAAGCGGCGCAGGAAGCUCAGAGUCAGUGGGAAGCUCUCCAUGGUUCACUUCCUCACCUGCUCACCUCCACCUCCUGUAGCCCCGCCCCCUCACACCUGCUGCGCCACUCCAUCCUGCACCACCACCCCCCCUCAGCUGGAGAGCAGCCCUACGACACACUCAGCCUCCACAGCUCAGACAGUCUGGAGACCUGCUCACCUGACUACUUGGCCAGUGUUGUUGUAGGAUCAGAUGUGUUGAAGAUUGAAGAGAUGGAGAAGAAGCUGAAAGAAGCUCAGAUGGAGAAAGCAAGACUCAUUGAGUUUAGGGAACAGGAGAGUGCUGCUCGCCUUCAGCUGCUGGAGGAAGAGAGGAGGAUGAGACAGGAAGUGGAAAGAAGACUGCAGGAAGAAAGUCAUCAUCGCCACAAGUUGGUGGAAGAAGAAGUGAAGAUGAGAGCCAAGAACUUCUCUCAGGCUCGUCCAAUGACACGCUACCUGCCCAUCAGGAAGGAGGAGUUUGAUCUCCACGCCCACAUCGUGGCGUCCGGUCACAGCGUGGACACGUGUGGUCAUGUGACCUUAGCCGCCACCCUCUGCAGAGGUCACAUGGUCAAGAUGGGCGGGAACAUCAAGUCUUGGAAGAAGCGCUGGUUUGUCUUUGACCGCCUGAAGAGAACCUUCUGCUACUACAUGGACAAACAGGAGAACAAGCUGAAGGGUGUGAUCUACUUCCAGGCCAUCCAGGAGGUGUACUAUGAUCACCUGCGCAGUGCUACUAAGAGCCCCAACCCAACUUUGACCUUUUGUGUGAAGACUCAUGACCGUCUCUACUUCCUGGUGGCACCUUCUGCUGAGGCCAUGAGGAUCUGGAUGGACGUCAUCGUGACGGGAGCUGAGGGGUACACACACUUCAUAUAGUGAGGGUACACACACUAGUGAGGGGUACACACUAGUGAGGGGUACACACACUUCAUAUAGUGAGGGUACACACUAGUGAGGGGUACACACUAGUGAGGGGUACACACUAGUGAAGGGUACACACUAGUGAGGGGUACACACUAGUGAAGGGUACACACACUUCAUAUAGUGAGGGUACACACUAGUGAGGGGUACACACACUUCAUAUAGUGAGGGUACACACUAGUGAGGGGUACACACACUUCAUAUAGUGAGGGUACACACUAGUGAGGGGUACACAC